AUGAGUAUCGCUACACACACCAGCCCUCUGCCCCCUGAACACCUCACCAUCUUGGUAGAAUAUGGCUCCACAGCUCGAGGUACGAACGUUUGCGAUUUAAAUCCCGAGUUGGAUGACUGCAGGCACCUCAGUGGGCAGCAGCUCAAGGAACUCGAAGAAUGGUGCAGUGGACGGAAAGAAGAGAUUAACCGACAGACUUCGCAAUUGGCGAUCAAGUACGCUGGUGAGCACAUCAAUGAUUUCAUCUAUAGUGAGGACGAAGUCACGAUCAGACGUGGCACGAGUACGAGUACGGUUCGCCUUGCUCCAAGGCUCGUCUCGGUAGGGCACGCAAACGAUAUCGCAACGGACCAACUUCGUAAAGAUGAUCCUAACACACUCUGCUAUGGCGUCCUGUCAGCGGACGUGAACAGACGAACCGGGCAUGACUUCUAUGUCUUCCCGGUUCGUGGUCAACACAAUGAUACGGAUGCCGAUGUGAAGGGAUUCAGUUCGAUCUGUGCCACAAUUUUGAAAUCGUGCCAAUCUGGUUGCAGCCAGGAAGGCACGAAUGGAUGGCGGUUCUGCAAGAAAUCGAUUGAUGACUUGGGUCAAGCACUCACAGCGAGCGGGGACCCGGUGCGGCUACAUCCUUUCCGAAUUGAUGCGCCGGAGGUAAAAUGGACAGCUCUGAAGGAGACCGCCGGCGGAGGAACGGCCGCUUUCGGUCAAUUCGAGCUACCAACGGAGAGCGAAUAUCAAUGGGUCACUCAAAAACUUGGAGGCCGGACCGAGUUCGUCCCUAAUCAGACUGGCUCGACGACGGAAAUCCUUAGCUCAAUCACCGCUCAGAUUAGAUAA